AUGCCAAAGACAAGAUUUUCAUCAGUUGAUAUUAGAACAACAGUUAGUAAUCUACAGAGAACUGUCAUUGGUCUGAGAUUGGCAAAUGUAUACGAUCUAAGUCCACGUGUAUUUCUCUUUAAACUUUCGAAACCAGAGUUGAAGAAACAGCUGAUCAUUGAAUCUGGUAUUCGUGUUCACAGUACAAACUUUACAAGAGAUAAGGGUGAUCAUACACCUGCACCAUUCUCAAUCACCGUAAAGAGUGUAAAACAACUUGGAGUAGAUAGAAUCAUUGAUUUCACAUUUGGAUCGGGUGUAGCUACUCAACAUCUUAUUAUAGAGUUAUUCUCAAUUGGUAAUAUUAUAUUGACAGAUGGAGAUUACAAGGUGAUUGCAAUUCUACGUACACAUCAAUUCACAGAGAACGAUAAUAUUGCGGUGGGAGAUGUAUAUCCCGUUGAGAAAGCAAAGAAACCAACUACUUUUACACCAGAGUUGAUUAAUGAACUACUGGAGAAAUCAGAGAAGAAAGAUAAUCUCAAACAGAUUUUCAAUAAGGCGUUGGAUUUCGGUCCGGAACUCAUUGAGCAUUGUCUUUUGGAUGCCGGUUUGUCACCGAAUCAAAAGUUGGAGAGUUACGAUCGUGCCAACAACGAGAAGCUGAUUCAAGCGUUUGUCGAAGGCCAGAAGAUUUUCAAUGUGACGAUGCAGUCGCGUGGAUACAUUGUGUUGCGUCCGCCAAAGACACCGACCGACACCACUGUCAUCUACGAGGAGUUUGUCCCGUUUCUCUACAAGCAGUAUCACUCGAAGCCGAACCAGGAGUACGAUAGUUUCGAUCAGGCUGUAGAUCAAUUCUUCUCGGAGAUCGAAGCGCAGCGUGUCGAACAACAGCGGAUCGCGCAGGAGCAGACCGUCCUGAAGAAGUUGGACAAGGUUCGUGAAGAUCAGCAGCGUCGUAUCGACUCGUUGUUUGCUGCCGAGGCAGACAAUGUCAGAAAGGCACAGUUGAUCGAAGCGAAUCUGCAGGAGGUCGACCAGUGUAUCACUAUUAUCAAGUCGGGUGUCAAUGCCUCGAUGGACUGGACUGCACUUUCGCAGCUGCUGAAAGAAGAGAAAAAGAAGAAUCCCUACUCAGUCGCCAAUAUCAUUCACAAGCUAAAGUUGGAGUCGAAUCAAAUUCAAUUGGCGUUGAACGAUAACUACGAUGACGAUUACGAUGAGGAUGAAGACGACGAUGAGGAGGAGGAGAAGAAACAACAAAAGAAGGAUAAAAAGAAACCGACUCUGGUCGAUGUAAAUAUUGCGCUGACUGCAUAUGCCAAUGCAAGAGAGUAUUACGAUAGUAAGAAACACGCCAAUGAGAAGGCAAACAAGACUAUCCAGCAGGCAGAGUUUGCUAUGAAAGCGGCAGAGAAGAAGACAAGACAGCAGCUGAGCGAGGUAAAAGCCAAGUCCGCUAUGAUUCAGAUGCGUAAGGUAUUCUGGUUUGAAAAGUUCCAUUGGUUCCUCAGUUCCGAUAACUACUUGGUGAUCAGUGGUAAAGAUGCUCAACAGAAUGAAAUGCUCUUUAAAAAGUAUUUGGAGAAAGACGAUAUCUAUGUGCAUGCCGAUAUUUUUGGUUCGACAUCCUGUGUCAUCAAGAAUCAUGGUGGUGGCGCCAUUCCACCAAAUACACUGAUCCAAGCUGGUACCAUGACAAUGUGUUACAGUAAUGCCUGGAGUGCCAAAGUAGUUACCAGUGCCUACUGGGUCUAUGCCAAUCAAGUCAGUAAGACCGCGCCAUCCGGUGAGUUCUUGACGACCGGUUCAUUCAUGAUUCGUGGUAAGAAGAACUACCUUCCACACUCACAGCUGGUCAUGGGAUUUGGAUUCAUGUUCAAACUCGACGAGAGUUGCAUUGCCAAUCACAUUGGUGAGCGUGCUCCUUCCAACGCUGCGUUGGAGCUCGAGGAUGAAGGUGCGCCAAUGGAGGAAGAAGUACCAGCUGAAAAGAAACUGAGAAAAUUCGAGAGAUCCAAGUUGAAGAAGGAACAAGAAGAGGAGGCCUUCAUGGAGAAGGAUGGUAUGGAUGUAUCGGAGCAGCUCACAACUACAACCACUACCACCACUGCCACUGGAAAUGUACUUGGAGAGUCGACCGACAGUACUGCUAGCAAUAAGUAUCGUAUUAAAUUGGUUAGCAGUUUCCAUGAGCCAGAGGACGACGAUGAAGAAGAAACAGCUACCAAUGAAGGCGAGGGAGAAGGAGAUUCGAAAUCUCAGAAAACAAAACCAGCAAUGUCUGCUCAUCAGCGUAAACAACUCAAGAAAGAAAAAGAAAGAUUGGAAAAAGGAAUCACUGAAGAACCUGCUGCACCACAAGAACCAGCGCAACCCAAAGAAAAGAAACCAAAGCAAGAGCCAACCAAGCAUCUUACACUUGGUCAGAAGAACAAGUUGAAGAAGAUCAAGGAGAAAUAUGGUGAUCAAGAUGAAGAAGAGAGAAAGGAGAGAUUAGAGUUGCUUGGAUCAAUGGGUGCCAAGAAGGAUAAGAAGAAAGACAAGAAAAAGGAUAAGGAUGUUAAAGGUGGAAAGGGUGGUAAGGGUGGAAAACCAGAUCCAAAGAGUGGAUCGUCCAACAACAAAGGAGGAGCAACAACAGAAAAGAAAUCAACAGCAGAUAAACCAUCAACCACUACUACAACCACAACUACGCCAAAGAAUGUAACACAGGAAUCAAAGGAAGUAGAGGCAGUAGCAGAAAAGUUGGAAGAACAAGUCAAGAUUGAAGACAACUUUGUAGAGGAAGAUAUUUCAAGUGAUAGUGAAGACGAUGUCGAAGGUGAGACCAACGAAGAAGUCAAGAAAGAAAGAUUAAAGAGAAAAGAAAAGAGAGAACAGAAGCUCAGGGAACAAGAAGAGAUCAAACAACUUUUGGAAGAGGAAAACUUGGCACCCGCUUUGGAAUCCGAUAAUAUCUCCAACAUUGAUACUCUCACAGGACAACCUUUGGAGCACGAUAUCCUUCACUUUGCCAUCCCUGUCGUCGGCCCAUACUCUAUCUUUACCAACUACAAAUACAAGGUCAAGCUGACACCAGGUCACCAGAAGAGAGGAAAGGCUGCCAAACAAGCAGUACAAGUACUUCUUCAGAAUCCAAAUCUCACCAACCGCGAAAAAGAGUUGAUCAAGAACAUCAAGGACGAAGAAGUCUCUGCCAACAUGUUGGCAGACGUCAGACUACAUGCACCAAACCUGCUCGCCGCCAAGAAGAAAGAGAAACAAAUGAAGAAAGAGCUGGCAAAGGAAAAGUCAAACGAAGAGGCUGCGGCCAGAGAAGAGAAGAAGCAAGCAGCGGCUGCUUCCAAUCAGAAAGAUGAUCACAAAGAAAAGAAACAACAAAACACUGGAAAAAAAGAUAAUAAAUCAGAUAAGAAAUAG